GGGAGCUGCCUCCUUAGCAGCACAGCUGGAUCUGGCUGCAGAGCCUAGGGCACUGUCAGGAGAGAGACCUGCUCUUUCCAGCAGCUGAAUCACCACAGUCAGCAGCAGCAGCAGCAGCAGCAGCAGCACAAACCUCCAGGCACAGGGCAACUUGAGAACUUCAGGAUGCAAAUGUCUCCAGUCUUUGCCAGCCUAGCUCUGGGCCUGGCUCUCAUCUUUGGUGAAGGAUAUGCCUUGCACCACCAGUCUCAGGUGGCCCAGCUGGCCACAGACUUCGGAGUGAAGGUGUUUCAGCAGGUGGCACAGGCCUCCAAGGACCGGAAUGUGGUUUUCUCACCCUAUGGGGUGGCCUCGGUCCUGGCCAUGAUGCAGCCGACCACGAGAGGAGAAACCAGGCAGCAGAUCCACGCGGCAAUGCAAUUCGAGAUUGAAGAGAAGGGCGUGGCCCCUGCCCUGCGUCAGCUGUACAAGGAACUCAUGGGGCCGUGGAACAAGGACGAGAUCAGCAUCGCCGACGCCAUCUUCGUCCAGCGGGACCUGAAGCUGGUUCAAGGCUUCAUGCCUCACUUCUUCAGGCUGUUUCAGACCACAGUCAAGCAGGUAGACUUUUCAGAGGUGGAGAGAGCCAGGUUCAUCAUCAAUGACUGGGUGAAGAGACACACGAAAGGCAUGAUUAGCGACUUACUUGGUGAAGGGGCCGUGGACCAGCUGACGCGCCUGGUGCUGGUGAAUGCCCUGUACUUCAAUGGCCACUGGAAGACACCCUUCCCAGAGCAGAGCACCCACCACCGCCUCUUCCACAAGUCUGAUGGCAGCACCGUCUCGGUGCCCAUGAUGGCUCAGACCAACAAGUUCAAUUACACUGAGUUUUCCACCCCUGAUGGCCAUUACUACGACAUCCUGGAAUUGCCCUACCAUGGGGACACUCUCAGCAUGUUCAUUGCUGCUCCGUAUGAAAAAGAGGUGCCUCUCUCUGCCCUCACCAACAUUCUGGAUGCCCAGCUCAUCAGCCAGUGGAAAGGGAAUAUGACCUGCCUGCCCCGUCUCCUGGUUCUGCCCAAGUUCUCCCUCGAGAGUGAAGUUGACCUCAGGAGGCCCUUGGAGAAUUUGGGGAUGACUAAUAUGUUUAGUCCAAGCCAGGCGGACUUCUCGAGUUUUUCAGAUCAAGAGCCUCUCUACGUAUCGCAGGCGCUGCAAAAAGUGAAGAUCAAGGUGAAUGAGAAGGGCACGGUGGCAUCCUCCUCUACAGCCAUUACUGUCUCAGCCCGAAUGGCCCCUGAGGAGAUCAUCAUGGACAGACCCUUCCUCUUUGUGGUGCGGCACAACCCCACAGGAACGGUCCUUUUCAUGGGCCAAGUAAUGGAACCCUGAACUUGAAGCCCUCACCUGGGACAGAACUGGAGAUGUAUCAGAGAAGAAGAAACUCUGAAGAAAAGAAUUUUUAUUUUAAUUAAUCUUUCUGGAGAAAGAGAAGACAUUUGCCUUUUUUGAUUGUUUUUAAAUGGUAAAUCUGCCUUCUAGACCUCAGCCUCUCCCAAGGGAAGAGAAAGAGGACCCCUCAGUAAAACUCCCCAGUGGAGACCCUGGGAGGGACCUCUGAAGUGUGGCUCCCUGAAGGUCUCCAAACCAGACUGUGAGACUCUCAGAGCCACUUAGCAGCUGCUUCUGCCCAUCGCUCUGCCUGCUCAGGCCUUCAGACCUGGAUCCCACGGAGGCCUGGCAGGGUGGCACAACAAGGCUUACAGGAGCUUUCGUGUGCUUGGUAGCAACUCUUUGUGUUCCAGUCACGUUGCCAUCACUCUCGCACUGUCUGCUGCUGCUGAGGAGGCUGGCAGCAGGCCAGAGAAGACCAAUGGAAGAAACACUCCUUCAUUGCAAGGUUCAUCCUUCUCAGCUCAGAGGUGCUGUGGAAUGGCAGAGCAGUGGCCCACCCGGUGCAGAGAUCCACCCUGGCCUGGCCGUCUCCCUCCCCAGAAACAGAAAUAUUAUUUCAGAGUGUAGGUGACUUGUUUACUUAGAGAAGCAGGUUUCUGCUUCCCACAAACUUUAUUUUGCAGGAAUAGAGGAAGAAGGUAUGCUUGGUUCUUGGCUCCAGUCUCCUAGUGGGGAGGGUGGGAUGCCAGAGGUGUGCUUGAAUAUUUAUCACAUUCUUGGGUGCCUGUUAGAGAGAAAGAGGACUAUCAAGAAAAACAUAUUAUUUAAACUUGCUUAGAGUGUUCCUUUGUGGUCUGUGUCAUUGCAUCUCAGGAGUCUGGCCACUCAACUGCCAUGCCCCUGUGGGCAGCAAGCACAAGGGGCUCACACUGCCACCUUGUGGCUGCCUGAAGCCCAUCGUUCUUCUUUUGUUGCCUUUCCACAGGAUGGAUUAGGACCCCUGCCAAGAUUAUCCAACUUCAUCCACUUUAGGGACCAAAAGGAUGUGGUGGGUGAGAGAGAUUAGCAUGAGGACAGAGUGGUUUCAAAAUUUUCCAAUAUAUUUAGGAGCAGGAGUGCAAACGGAUGCACGACCUAGCAGGACAGAACUUUCCCCAAUUAUAGGGUGACUCACAGCUGCAUUGGUGACUCACUUCAAUGUGUCAUUUCCGGCUGCUGUGUGUGAGCAGUGGAUACGUGAGGGGGGGGGGGGAGAAAAUGAGAGGGAAUGAGAGAAAGAGACAGCGAAUUCGGGCUCAACUACCCUAGUUAGACAAUCUUUCUGAAAACCAACUAAGCUAGGGGUAUGGCAUGAAGACCAGUUUGUUGAAGAAUUGCACAUAGAUGUUGAAUGAAUGCAGUCCAAUAGAAUCCUCAUCAUCCCACUCUUCACUGAGAAAUCUCGGUUCUUUUUUUUUUCUUUUUUCAUUAUGCACUGGACAAUGAUAUCCACAUGCUGUACUCACCAGGUUACCCAAAUGUGGGGUCCAAUGUUCUCGAAACUGUGUUGAAUUAUAUGCUUUUCUCACUUCUGAUAUAUACAAAGUAAAAAUGUUUUUUUAAAUUAAAUAAAUAAAUAAAAAGAAUA